CGGAGUGUGCCCGGCGCGCGAGCGUGAACGGCUUCCGCAUGGCGCAGUUUUUUGAUUAACGCUCGCGUAAUGUCCAUGACGAGCGCGCCCGCGCGCACGCUCGAGUUUCGCAUUUCCGAUUUGCGAAGAGUCCGCUGUCACGAGGUAUACAACGAUGACGGAGAAAUUCCGUCCCGAAUGGAAAAAUCUCGACAGCGCGACUGAUUUGUGACUAACUUCACGACUUCCCGAACAUCGCAAAAUGGUAGUGCGAGCGAGCGCUGCGUCUCACGUAUUGCCGCAUCGUCGAACGUAACGCCGAGCGUCGCGCGCGGCUAAUGUCGCGUAAGUUAUCCGAUAUUUGCCGGGUAAUGUCGCGUGACUCGUUCGAUAUUGCGAGAUUAAUACUUUUAGCGUCUCCUGCGGCCUUCUGUCGCGGUUAAAUGACACAUACCCGCCCAUCCACUUACAAGCUAUGGACUUUCGAUCGCACUGUCGAUGUCGAAUUCACGAUGGCGGCCAGCGCGUCAACUUCAUAGUCCGACUGGUUUCUCAGAAUACAUUUUGACAACAUGCCGAGAACCAACCGCGGCGUCCUGCGGUCUCGUCGGAGUUUACGAGAAUGCAUAUCAUUGGCCCUAUUGUGCGGUUUACGGACCCAGGCAGGAGCACGAAAGGGCCCUUUUCGAGAUGCUUGUACGAAGAUCGAGGGGGCAGGAAUUUCAUGCUUCUGGGGAAGUGUGCACAUAUUGGCGAGAAAGGCAGUCAGUAACAGAAAUCGAAUAUUAUGGUACGCUAUUACAUGGGGGUACCAGCACAUCUAAGGCCGAUGUAUACGUGUCUGUUUUCCCAUCCUGAUUUCUCUCGAGCCAGGGAAAGCAAAGAUCGUCCUUAAACCGGCGACACUCUCGACAGCCAGAGAAAAUCAGCACGGUUAGAGAGAAGAUAAUUAAUGGCAAGCGUCCGUGCAAAAAACCUGCUCACGUCGUUCGCACUUGUGUGCGGUGCUGUUAAGGAUUAUAAAUUGUUCGCCGUUCUUUUCGAAAGAUUCGCCCGUCCGUCGUCCAUUGCGCUCUUGCGUAACAACAACGAGCUUGCGAGCUUCUCAACCCUGUCCACGCUGUGCGCUUUCCAGCAGAUCGCAGUAAUGAACGCGUCCCGUGUUCGCAUUCGGCGCGAGUCCGCCGUUAUUGCAUUGCUUGCGCUAAAUAAAUUAUUCCGCUUGGACUUUGUGUACGCGAGGUGUUGCAAGUCGGUGUCCCCCGGAUGGCAGAUACAUUAGAAGAGCCAGCGCUCGUCGAUCGGAGUUUCUCUUGUGAGAAUUUCGAAUAUGUGCUCAAAAUAACUCGUACAUCCAUUAUCCAUAAAAGAAUGUUCAAUGAAGGAAAAUUUAAAUAAAACCUGAAAAUGAGAAACAGAAGAAGAAAAAGAGAGAACGAGACAUUAUUAAAGCUGUAACAACAAUCAUUAGGUUUUAUAAGGAUAUGCUUUAAUAAAUUUGAAUACUUUUUUAAAAUUUGAUUGAGAGAAGAUUCAUAGACGACAUGAAUUAAAAAUUACAUUCUUUUCUUUGUUUGUAUUUUUGCUAUUUUAAAAGAUACUUUAGCUUAUACUCUCUCACAUGUAACGAGUAUAUAUAUAUAUGUAUAAUACACGUGAUAUAUCGUUGCACAGUAUCGUGCAUGCUGCAUAACUCAACAAGAUAUUGGAUGCUCUAUUAUCAUAGUAAACCUCUGUUCCUCAACGGUCCUUUGAUGACGUAAUUAUCUCCAGUAAUUAAAGUACACAUAUACUUCGGAUAAUUAUUGGCUCUUUAGUGACAUAUUGCUUACAGAAAUUCGAAGCAAACUACUUUUUAUUUCGAUCAACAAAUUAUUAUCCAUUAACAGUAUAUUAUAUGUUUACAAUAAAUUAGCCCGACUAAUAUCUUAAUAUCUAUUGCGCUUCAUAUAGGUAUAUUUUAGAUUUUAUUAUUGACAUGCACUAUUAGUUAUUAUACAUUCAUUAAUAUUUGUAUAUUUUCUGUAUAUUCAGUUAUUUAAAAUAAUAUACAUAUACACAUUGACAAAAUUUAUUGUAUAAAAUAAACUGUUAAUAAUAAUAUCUUGUCUCGAUAACAGGGGCACAGACUGUUGACGAUAGAUCAAGGUUCUAAUUCCUCAAUCGUCUAAUGGAAUGCGAAAAUUAGAAAAGCGGACGAGGGCACACAUGCGAUCUUCAUCGAUCCCAUCCAAAAGUGUCAUCACUCAGAGGUAGUGUCCGUGGGUCGCGAUACACGAUCGGUAGAUAAAAGAAACGUGAUGGAACUCCUGCUACUGUUGCAACCCGACUAUGCUUCCCAGAGCGAGAA